AUGAUGCGCCGCAUCUUUAUGAACCGUUCACUGCAGACUUUAUCGACUGCUGAUCAUCGUGUGUCUCCUCUAUUACGUCGUGUCUUCUUUUCGUCGUUACCGGAUGGUGUAUCUGCCAUAACAAUGCCGUCUUUGUCGCCUACAAUGGAAACGGGAUCUCUGUCUUCGUGGCUCAAAAAAGAAGGCGAUGAAAUCUCUGCAGGUGACGUCUUGUGUCAAGUAGAAACGGACAAGGCCGUUGUAGACUAUGAGAUACAAGACGAUGCUGUGGUGGCAAAGAUUCUGUGUCCUGAAGGAACACCUGACCUGCCCAUUGGUGCCUUACUCGCCUACACUGUAGAAGACUUGGACACAUACAAGAGUUUACUGGACAAUGGAGCACUUGCCAACUUGUCUUCUGAGACUGAGACUGAGAAUGUAAAGCCAGUGGAACUCAAGGAGGAAAAGGAGGUGAAAGAGACGACUCGUGUACCGCUUAUCAAGUUCUUAGGCAAACGUGCGCUCCUUAAGGAAAGUAGUCACUCACCAGUCAAAGAACUGGAGAAGGUUGAGGCUGCAACGCAGUUUACGGACCCAGUGCAGCCAGAGGCAGAAGCUGCACCGAUGGACCCGAUUACUGCUGAUGCUGACGCCAAGUUUGAGGACCUUCCAUUGUCCAACAUGCGCAAGAUUAUUGCCAAACGCCUGAGUGCAUCCAAGAGGGAUGUGCCCCACAGCUACACGAGCAUUGACUGUGAGAUUGACAACAUUAUGAAGCUACGCAAGCAGCUUAGGGGUAAACAUGAUGUCAAAGUUGGUAUGAACGACUUUAUCCUCAAAGCGGUGGCUUUGGCGCUGCGUGAUGUGCCGGAAGCCAAUUGCUUUUUCGAUGUCAAAACUCAGAGCGUGCAACCCAACUCGUCGGUGGACGUGUCGGUAGCUGUAGCUGCUCCGUCGGGUCUCAUCACCCCUAUUGUGCCAAAGGUAGACACUCUCGGUCUUAGUGGAGUCAACCGCAUAUUUAUGGAGCUCGUGUCGCGCGCGCGUCAGAACAAGCUGAAGCCAGAGGAGUUUCAGGGCGGAUCAUUUACGGUGUCUAACCUCGGCAGCUUCGGCAUUGACCAGUUUCGGGCUGUGAUUAAUCCGCCGCAGGCCUGCAUUCUGGCCAUCGGUGGCGGUCGUAGAGAGGUGCUGCCGCCUCUGGAAAUCGUGGAGAAUGUCAACCCGGAGCCGCGUAUUGCUACGCUCAUGAACGUGACGUUGUCGUCGGACCGUCGCGUCGUGGACGGUGUCAUUGCCGGCCAGUUCCUGCAGGUAUUCAAGAGCUACAUGGAGAGUCCAGAGCUCAUGGUCCUAUAA